CCUCGCCUAAGAAGGGGAUGAGAGAGUGGCUUUCUGCCUGGGAGUCCCAGGACAACUUGGAUGGGAGUCUGUGCUGGGAGGAACAGGAGUGAAGGUGGAGAACAUUCCCCUUUCAGGUCCCUGGAAUGACCCGUGUAUGGAGCUGAGCUGACUGCAGGGCACUGAGGAGGAUUUAAAGUUCAGAGAGGAAGUGUGAGUUGACUAAGGUCACACCACAAGACCCAGCUCCACCACUUAUUGUCUUGACUUUGCCUCUCUGACAUCUUGCUCCAUCCCACGGGGACUCCCAACUCACUAUCUGGCUAUGGACAAAAAAGUGGCAGUCCCUGAGAAUGGGCCUCCUAUGGUCUCCUGGGUCCCGGAGGAGGGAGAGACGUCGGACCAGGAAGGCGAGGACCAGGUGAAGGAUCGGGGCCAAUGGAACAACAAGAUGGAGUUUGUGCUGUCAGUGGCCGGGGAGAUCAUUGGGCUAGGCAAUGUCUGGAGGUUUCCCUAUCUCUGCUACAAAAAUGGAGGUGGGGCCUUCUUUGUUCCCUACUUCAUCUUCUUCUUCAGCUGCGGAGUCCCCGUGUUCUUCCUAGAGGUGGCCCUGGGCCAGUACACCAGCCAAGGGAGCAUCACUGCCUGGAGGAAGAUCUGCCCCCUCUUCCAGGGCAUUGGACUGGCGUCUGUGGUCAUCGAGUCCUAUUUGAAUAUCUACUACAUCAUCAUCCUCGCUUGGGCCCUCUUCUACCUGUUCAGCUCCUUCACCUCUGAGCUACCCUGGACAACCUGCACCAAUUACUGGAACACAGAGCAUUGCAUGGACUUUCUGAACCACUCUGGAGCCAGCAAAGUGACCCAUUCUGCGAACUUCACCUCAUCUGUCAUGGAAUUCUGGGAGAGACGGGUUCUAGGCAUCACCUCGGGCAUCCAUGACCUGGGGACCCUGCGCUGGGAGUUGGCCCUGUGCCUCUUGCUUGCCUGGAUCGUCUGCUACUUCUGCAUCUGGAAGGGGGUCAAGUCCACGGGCAAGGUUGUUUAUUUCACAGCCACUUUUCCCUACCUGAUGCUGGUCAUCCUACUGAUCCGAGGUGUCACCCUCCCUGGAGCCUAUGAGGGCAUCAUCUACUACCUGAGACCAGACCUGCUCCGCCUCAAGGACCCCCAGGUGUGGAUGGACGCAGGCACCCAGAUCUUCUUCUCCUUUGCCAUCUGCCAGGGCUGCCUCACGGCCCUGGGCAGCUACAACAAGUAUCACAACAACUGCUACAAGGACUCCAUCGCCCUCUGCUUCCUCAACAGUGCCACCAGCUUUGUGGCGGGGUUUGUCGUCUUCUCCGUCUUGGGCUUCAUGUCCCAAGAGCAGGGGGUGCCCAUUUCUGAAGUGGCCGAGUCAGGUCCCGGUCUGGCCUUCAUCGCAUUCCCCAAGGCUGUGACUAUGAUGCCCUUGUCCCCGCUGUGGUCCUGCCUUUUCUUCCUCAUGCUCAUAUUCCUGGGGCUGGAUAGCCAGUUUGUCUGUAUGGAGUGCCUGGUGACAGCCUCCAUGGACAUGUUCCCCAGGCAGCUUCGGAAGAGCAGGCGGCGCGAGCUGCUGAUCCUCACCAUUGCUGUGGUGUGCUACCUGUUAGGGCUCCUGAUGGUCACCGAGGGCGGGAUGUAUAUCUUCCAGCUGUUUGACUACUAUGCCUCCAGUGGCAUAUGCCUGCUCUUCCUCUCCGUGUUCGAAGUGAUCUGCAUCAGCUGGGUGUACGGGGCGGACCGUUUCUAUGACAACAUUGAGGACAUGAUUGGCUACCGGCCUUGGCCACUGGUGAAGAUCUCCUGGCUCUUCCUGACCCCAGGGCUUUGCCUGGCCACUUUCGUCUUCUCCUUGACCAAGUACACGCCUCUCAGAUACAACAACGUCUACGUGUACCCUCCCUGGGGGUACUCCAUUGGCUGGUUCCUGGCUUUCUCCUCCAUGGCCUGUGUCCCACUCUUCAUUGUCAUCACCCUCCUGAGAACCCAGGGUUCCUUCAAGAAGCGCCUGCGACAGCUCGUCACCCCCGACUCCAGCCUGCCACAGCCCAAGCAGCACCGGCAUCCUGACGGAGGCACCAACGGAGGCUGCAGGCUCCCCCUCACGAAGGAAGGGCUGAUUGCUGGGGAGAAGGAGACCCCCUUGUAGGAAGUGUCCACCUCCGCCCUGAGGGAACAGCCCUCUCCUCUGUCCUGCUGAGAACAUCGGAGGGAACCCUGGGCACCUGCACCCGGAGGCCACCCACUGUCCUCCUGGCAGUGCGCCACGUGGCUGUAUCUGUCAUCUACUUCUGACCCAACCCGCUGACUUCUCGGAUGAGGAGACUGAAGACCAGAGGCAAAGGGACUUUCAAGUUUGUUUGGCUUCUUAGAGCCAGAGUCAUGACUCAGACCUGGUGUCCGUGUGCUCAGGCCCGUGUCCCUCCCUCCAUGCCCUGCCUUAAUUAACAACCACGUGUGGACCACCUUUGCCACCUGCUGGUGUUCUUU